GAGCAUCCAGACCUGUGGCACUGCCACAUGACGUUUCUACCGCCAGUGGCGGGACGUGGCAAGCUGCUGUUCCCGGAUAAGUUAGACUGCGGGUGCCGGCAUGCCCUAAUAAAAUUCUGCAAUAUUGGUAUGCGGCCCUCAUCCACGAAUGUGGCGGUGCUCAGCCGCCUUAACUGUAAUAGGCUCCCCACGCCAAUUUCCUCCACUCCUCCUCCAAUGCCGCUGGCUGCCUGACCUGCCAUCUACUUAUCGCCAAGGAUCACCAUAUCGUCAAUCUCACCUUCAACCAACUCAACACGGCCCACUACAUUACUUACUGUUCAGCUCUCGAUUGUGUUUCGUGUACCGAUACCGUACAAUUUACUUUUCCUUUCUGUCGUUGUUUUCUUUCCCUUCCCUCUUACUGUCUUUUCAUUCCUGAUCACUUUCCGCUUGCUCCUCCCUUUGGGGGACCAACAAGCUUCCCUUAUUUCGCUCUCCAGCGCCCCCGGGCUAGCCCCGAAUCCUGUGUUGUUCCAGACAUCUACGAAUGAGAAACCAUGGAUCCCACUAGUUCUUAUGUAUGUUUGUCUAGGCCUUUGGAGAAAUGAAGGCUGAAAGGGACCCGCAGAUUUUUAGUAACUCGACGCUGGUCGAAAUUCUAGACGACCUUUGUGUGAGGUACGUGUCGCUACGCUCCCUCCAACGGCCUCAAAGUGCUAAUCUUGCAUCUAGGUUCAUCAUUAAUCUGCCAGAGGAGGAGUUGAGUUCGAUUGAGGUUCGUCUGUCGCUAUUGUCCCCCAUUGUCGCUGCUGCGACCCACAGCGAUUGUCCAGUGUAUAAUUUCUAACCAGCACAGCGAAUAUGUUUUCAAAUCGAGGAGGCACAAUGGUAUUUCGAGGAUUUUAUUCGAGAAAUGAAUCCCACGCUACCCACACUUCCGCUCCGCGCUUUCCUUAAUAAGAUUUUUGCUGUUUGUCCGCUACCCAUCCUAAAGGAAAUGCCACCUGAACGAGCCGAAAAUGCCUUUGCGGAAUUCAUGGCUUAUAAGACGCGCGUGCCGGUUCGUGGAGCAAUAUUGUUAAACACUGCGAUGGAUAAGUGUGUACUUGUUAAAGGAUGGAAGAGUGGGGCCAGUUGGAGUUUUCCUCGGGGAAAAAUCAACAAGGAUGAGAAAGAUGAGGACUGUGCGGCAAGAGAAGUAUUAGAGGAAACUGGCUAUGAGGUUGAAGGAAGGGUGCAUAGCAGUCAUUUUGUUGAAGUUACAAUGAGGGAGCAGAAUAUGAGGUUAUAUAUCGUUCCAGGAGUACCCGAGGAAACAAGGUUUGAGCCAAGGACAAGGAAAGAGAUCAGUGUGCGUAAAACUAUUCCCUUUUCCUCGAAUGCCUGCCUGGAACCUUAAUUUGUUUAUUUUACUGACUCUGAUUUCUGGUUUGAAAGAAAAUUGCAUGGCACCACUUGUCUGAGCUACCAACCUUCUCAAAAAAGAGGAGCCAACAAAACACCCAACAAUCUGACGUACGAACCGGAAAGUACUAUAUGGUUGCCCCAUUCCUCAAAGAGCUCCGUAAAUGGAUUUCAACAACUGGAAAGAAGUGGCUUGAGGAGCAGAAGCAGAUACCCUCUUCGGCGGCUCUCAUCAAUGAUAAGACAGGGAUGGGGGAAGAAAUUACCCCACGGCGCGCCUUAGAUUCUUCGGCAGAAUUAAAAAAUAUCUUAGGCAUUCCGCACAACGAGACCACUAAGCCUAACGGAAACCAUAAUACCAUCGGAACCGACGAGGCCACCGCGAGGCUUAAGGACUUUCUCAACCUUUCUGGACCUGCCACAGAGCCUAUGGAUGCUUCUAGCAAACUGAAGUCCAUACUCAAUGUCGGUGGUGGGGGAAAUAACGCCCAGAUAACAGAGCAAGCUCUCGAACCUAACCCCCAAACACUACUUUCCAUUUUACAGAGCGGCGGUGGACCUUCAAACUCACAACCAACUGCAACACCCUCAAGCCUCUCACAGCCUAUGGGGCAGCGCACGCCUUCGGUCCCAACACCUGUUCAUCACUCCCCAACCGACCCGCCCAACAAUCUUAUGAGUGACUUUCACUCUCGGAUAUACCCCCCACAUCCACCAUCUCCUCCCCCCACCUCCAGUUUCCUUGGUCCUCGCCAGACGUACCGUCAGCCACACAAUCAACCUUAUCCUCCGAGCCACCCGUUCCCCCACCAUCAAUUCAAUCAACCCAUAUUUCCCUCAAACCACCACGGCGAAUCUCCCACCUUCCCGAACCAGCCCCCAGGUUGGCGGCGGCCACCUCCGGCCUCACUUGACGUGCUUAUCCCCCCACCUGCCCCUUCCAAGCCCCCAGAUCCGGGACAAGCAGUAAUGCUAUUGUCAAUUCUCAAAAGUGCUGCACCAGCCCCCCCACCAACUCCGCAUACACCUCCCCCUGCAAGGGCUGCAAACCCUUCACCCGUUCCCUCCCAGUCGUGCCAUCAACAAGAGCAGCAAACAAAACGAAUUGGCUUGCAAGCCCCUCCAUCCUUAAAGACUUCUAGAUCGCAGCACAAAAACAACCUCCUUGAUACCCUUCGAGCUGGUGCAACUGAGAUCACAAGACCAACAUCCUCUAUCCCCAUUGCUCAAUAUGGCUCCCCGCCAAGGCAUACGACGUCUCCAAGUUCCGGGAAUACAAAUACGCCGGCAAGGUCCGUGCGCUCCACAAUUACCACCCCUCAAGUAAACCAAUUCCCCUCAUGGGCUCCGAAUACCUCGCACACCCCGGUUCCUGCUAGCACCACCCCACAACCCACGAGCUUUGAUAGACGCCAAUCUGUUAGCAACGAGCAGCAAAAAGCUCUGCUCGCAAUAUUCGCCAAUGGCGUGUCUACUCCCCAUGAAGACUCUGUAGUCACACCCUCACCCGAGAAAGCAAGACCUAUCACCCCUAAGAGACCGAGGACCACAAGUUUUGCUCGAAGGGUUUUCCCGACGAGCCCUUUGUCGAGUGAGAAGGAUGGGCUCUUGGCUUAUCUCGAAACUGUGGCUAAGGAGGGUGGUCAGUAACGGAAGGGCGGAUCGCUAUUCAUCGAACACUUUUUUCUUUUUCUUUUCUUUUCUUGCUUUCUUCUUUUCCUCCGUCUUUUCUCUUUUCUUUUGCCCCCCGGCCCCCUUUCUCAAUUUCUGCUACUUUCUGUUCACUUCUAUACCCUCCUCUCACUCCAAUCCUUUCCUAUGUCUGUCGGAGUUAUUCUCAGCUGGGGUAUUCCAACUUUACCUUUAGCUAAGGAGGAGCGCUUUUGCAAAAGAAAUCACUUUCAGGAAUUUGUGCAUUGCUUUUGCAAGUUGGGCGGAUUCGGGUCUUUGGGUUUUUCGGGUAUGCUCUUGUAUUCUACGGAAAGCUUUCUUGUACUGUACCAUGAGGGAUGGGAACGUGCUAUGGCUAUGAAAAGGGGGGCGCUGUUAUGUAGGCGUUGUUAUUCCUCCUUCUUCUCUUUUAAAACCCGAGGAGGGUAUUGUACUGCUAUUGUUUAAUACCCUCAAUGAUGGUGAUGAGAAUUGUUACGAGGUUCAGGGUUAUGGCGUGCAGAGCUUGGCAGUUAUCGAUCAUGCGUGUGGUGGAGAAUGAGGUGGAUUGCGAUGGUGGCUAGUUAGUUAGUUUCAGUACCGGUGUUAUUGACCGGGUUCAAAGCUGGCACAAAAAAAUAAAAAGGCAAAAAAAUGGCGACCCCCUGGGGAUCGUCCUUGUCGAUCAUGGGUAUC